AUGCUCCCGCGCAUCGGCAGCCACCGAUGGCGCUCUCCAAAGUUCCAAGUCUUGGGGAUAAUCCUCCUUGGGCUGUUCCUCGAGGUGCUGUUCCACCAGUUUUACUACCAUGUCCCACGGCCGUCGGAAGAUCUCGACGCAGUGUUUCAAGUAGGAUGCGCCGAGCCCGACAUCAGCGCGCCGCGCGAAAACGCCGCAAUCAUCAUGCUAGCCCGCAAUGAAGAUCUUGAGAGCGCCAUCUCCUCGUUGCAAUCCUUGGAGGACCACUUCAACCACUGGUUCCACUAUCCCGUGAUCUUCAUGAACAACGAGCCCUUCAGCGCCGAAUUCAAAGACCGCGUCAGCAGCGUCGUAAGCGGCGAGUCCAAAUUCGAACUCCUCUCCAGUGACUUCUUCGGCUUCCCUUCUUGGAUGGAUGAAGCACAGGGGAAAGAGCUGGUCAAGGCGAACGGUGCACUGGGCGUGCACAAGGGCGAUAUGGAAUCUUACCACCAUAUGUGUCGCUUCUACUCGGGAAAAUUCUACGAUGUCCCUGCGCUGAAGGGGUACAAGUACUACUGGCGUGUCGAGCCGCAUGUCCAGUUCUCGUGUGCCAUUACCUACGACCCGUUUCGCUUUAUGCGCCAGAGGAAGAAGAAGUAUGGGUACACGAUCGCGCUGUGGGAGCUCGAUAACACGGUGCCAGACCUCUUCCGUGUAGUAUCCGAGUUCAAAAAGAUGAAGAGGAUCAAAACAACCACCUUGUGGAAAGGCUUCAUCCGGCCGACAUGGUUGCCGUGGGGCUUGCGCUGGUUGAAGGCCAGUCAGCCGCUGCACGACGCCUCUGGUGAUUCCUGGAACUUGUGCCACUUCUGGAGCAAUUUCGAGAUCGGAGACCUAGACUUCUUCCGUAGCAAGGAGCACCGCGAGUUCUUUGAUUUCCUGGAUGAGCGCGGCGGAUUCUACGCUGAGCGGUGGGGCGACGCCUCUGUUCACGCUUUCGCUGCUGCACUCCUCCUAAGUCCGGAAGAGCUCCAUCAUUUUCAGGACUUUGGAUAUUUCCAUGAUCCGUGGGUUGUGGCGCCUGCGAACGCGCUGGGGAAACAGCUACCGGACAGUCGGGUGCUGGGGAAGGUUGGUGAGGGUGUGAUAGAGGGGGAGGAGGGUGGCACAGGGUGCAGGUGUGAGAGGAAGCAGAUUAGAAAUUUUCAGAAUUGGUGUAUGAAUAGGGUGCAGAGGCCCGUGAGGCCGACGGCUUGGAAAAACAGGAUGUGGUAA